AAAUCGUCCCCUUCAGGCAUCUAACCCCCUCACUCCACGGGCAAAAUUAUUAGGUGCGGACAUCGAACAUAGAGAAUCAUUUGAAUUUCUCUCUGACUACAGGAAAAGCACAAUCAAAGCGCAGCUGCUACAGUAACUAGACUUUGACUUUACUUUUACUGUAGACAGAGAAAAAUCCGGAUGAUUCUCUUUAUCCGAUGUCCGAACCUAAUAAUUUCUCCACUCCAUGAAAGUGUCAAUCCCCACCUCAACCUCUAAUAUAAAUCCCAACCUCAGCUAUUUCCCUCUUCCUCCAAACUAACCAUAUGGCUUCUCUCAGUAGAAGACAAAUCUCAGAGAAAGCCAUGGCUGCAGCAGAUGCAGGCUCGUCUUGCUUGGCUGUAGGGCUAGUGUUGCUGAUGCUAAUGAGCUCAAUGAGGGAGGCGAGUCCGGAUGUUGAGGCUCCACAGUCUAUCCAUAGCCGGAAAUUCGGCGGGCAUGGGCUUUGCGAUGAGAUAUAUGUAGUGGGUGAGGGAGAGACUCUACAUACUAUUAGUGACAAAUGUGGGGAUCCUUAUAUCGUUGAGAGGAAUCCGCAUAUCAAUGAUCCUGAUGAUGUAUACCCUGGCCUUGUGCUUCAGAUUAGCCCUUCGAAGCCCAAGGAGGAAGAAGGACGCCGGCUGUAUCAGAAACAGGGUUGUUGAAUUGGUUUGUAUAGGAAUAGAAGUCGAAUUAAACAAAGCCAUGUGAUUUUAGAGAAGUUGGGAUGACAGAUUUGUAUAGACGUUGAUGAUUAAGAAUCUCUGUUUUCAAUUUCGAAUAGGCUGUAAGGGGGUGAAAUAUUAUGAGAAGAGGUGGUUUGUAUACAUAUAUUUUUUAUGUUUGUGUGUAUUUACAGAGUAUACAAUAAUAUUGGGAAAUGCCUUUGCAA